GGCUAUUUAACUGGAUAUGACCGGGCAUCACUGCCUGAAAGGGACCGAGUUUGGGGAUUCAUUGCUUGGUUAGAUAAUGAUGCUUGUAGGGAAUGGACAUAUGUGACAUAUGUGCGUUCUAAGACCUCCUCACUCAUGUCCAAUGUUCAGACCCGUAGCUAGACAAGGACUUUUCCACAGGGACCAUCUGUAUCCUUACCAGUUUCGCGGGAAAGUGAAUCCCUUUCGGACACCGUCACCAGCAAGUAAAAACCCGGCAAACAGCCACCACCAAAAAGGCAUCCAUCGCGCAGCGAACGCCUUUCCCACGGACCCAAGACGCAGCCAUACACCCCGACCUCCCCAGCAACCUCGUUACCUCACUCACCCAACCUCACUCAACUGCGCACGAACAACAGCACACCUUCCACGACGUCGUGUGCAACCGCCUGCGCGCGCAGCAUCUUCAUCACUUGCGUUGUGCGGCCAGGAGCCCGCUCUUGCCGGCUUUGCUUUGGCGCGCGCGAGUAGGGUGGCUGGGCCGUGCCGACUGUCGCGCUCAUUGGGGCCACGGUAUUGACGCGGCGGGUGGGUAGAUGCUGUUGAGGAGGGAGAUGGGAUGAGGGCGGAUGCUGAUUGUGAGGCUAGCCGGUCAUGGUGGCGUGGUCGGUCGGUUGUUGGGUGGUGGGUGGGAGGGAG